CUCAGCUUCUCUCCUUGUACCGUUAGCUUGCUACAGUCAUGGAUGUGGACUCCGUCGAAGAAGGCGAAGUGCAUGGGGAGACUGUCAGAAGAAAUGGAAGGCAUCCGACGAGGCUUCCCGUCGACGAUGCACACCCGUUCGAUUUGGAGGCAUACUGCGCGAGCUACUCAGGUCGCUCCCUCGUUGAUAGAAUGAUCAUUGUGAUACAAUUAUGCCCUACACUUGCGGUGCAGGCACUUCAAUGCGCGUUGCAAACGGUAUUCAAGAUGCGCGACGUGAAGCUUUACCGCGAUCUUGUCGGUGCCUACGAAAGCACAGCCUCCGCGUCGAAUGGUCAACUGUCUCCUCCCGCUGAGGUUUCCGCACUAGACAUGAAGUGGAUUGAAGAGACAAUGCAGAACAAUCUGGCCGAGAAGAAUAAGUUGGAGGUCGAGCUUAAGACAUACACUAGUAACAUGAUCAAGGAGAGCAUUCGGAUGGCUCACAGAGAUCUCGGUGACUUCUUCCGGGCGACGGGUGACGCGGCUUCGGCUUUGAAGCAUUACACGAAGUCACGCGAAUUCUGCACGACUAAUCAACAUGUCCUUGACACAUUCAUGUCAUGUCUUGAGCUCUUGAUCGAACAGCGCAACUAUCCUCACAUCUCAACUUAUGUCUUCAAAGCAGACGCCGCACUUGACGCGACAACGGCUGCGCGCGCAAGCGCUAACUCAGCCCCGACGGCGCCCGCCUCAGCGAGUAACAAGGAGAAAGCAAAUGCGGAGCGAGAGAGCGUGCAGAGCAAGCUCGACGUGGGUCUCGCAAUCUCACUCCUUGGGCAAGGCAAUUAUGAGAAGGCAGCAGCGUCGUUCCUCAAGGUUGGAAGUGUAAAGACAUUGGGAGAAUGGGCGAACACACUCAUCGCUCCGGGGGACAUCGCGAUCUAUACAACCCUUUGUGCUCUGGCGUCAUUCAAGCGACCUGACAUUCGCUCCCAAGUACUUGACAAUGACAACUUUAGUGUUUACAUCGAGCAGGAGCCGUACGUGCGAGAGUUGCUGGAGUCAUACAUGGGCAACCGCUUCAAGGCGGUGCUUGAAGGUCUCGAAAAAUACUCGACCCGACAUUAUGUCGAUAUCCACCUGUCAUCGCACAUGGCGAAGCUCAUAGAUCUCAUUCGAAGCCGCGCUCUCGUGCUGUACUUCCAACCAUUUGCAUCAAUCAAGCUCGAGCGUAUGAGCAGUGCAUUUGGGUGGUCCAUCGAGGAGCUCGAGCGACAGGUCGUAUCUCUAAUCCAGGCCGGCGAGAUCCAGGCGCGAGUGGACAGGCAGAACAAGAUUCUCAAAGCGAAAGAGACAGACCAGCGCGCGGCGCUCUUCAUGCGUACUAUGAAGACGGGUGAGAACAUGCAAUCCGCGAAUAGAAAAUUGCUGCUCCGCAUGCGACUCCAACAAGCGGAUUUGAUUGUGAAAGCACCGAAGGGUCACCAACCACAGACCGGGCACCCGAGUGAACAACUGCCUUCCGACAUAUUCUGAUUGUGCAUCUGCAUUUAUUUCUACCAUAUCCGUGUAUUCGUACCAGAGACACCUCAGUCGCUCGCUGUGUAUUCGAUGCUUUCGCGGAUCUCAAUGAUUGAGCACAUCUUAUUCAGGCCUCAUUGACGAAACGACUCAAUCCAGAUUGACGUGCAUCUUACGGAAUGCAUACUCACCCUUCUGCUUGGUGACGGUUAGCCCGUUCCGCUCACCAUUCAGC